AUGUCUGUCUUUGUUACUGGGGCUACUGGGUUUUUAGGAAAACAUGUUGUUAAUGAAUGUUUAGAGAAAAACUAUUCUGUUAUUGCUGCUGUUAGAACCCAAGAUAAAGGUGAUGCUUUGGUAAAACAAUUUAACAACCCAAGGUUAACAACUGUCGCUAUUGGUGAUCUUGAAAAAUUAGAUGCCUUCGAAGAGACUUUCAAGACCCACGGUAAGGAUAUUAAAUUCGUAAUUCAUUGUGCGUCUCCUGCCAAAUGGGAUAUUGAUAGUUACGAAAAGGAUCUUUUGAUUCCAGCACGUAACGGUGUUUUAGGUAUUUUAGAAUCUAUUAAGAAAUAUGCUGCUGAUUCUGUUGAGCGUUUUGUCAUGACAUCUAGCUUUAUGACACUUACUGAUUUUUCAAAGAUUCAAGAUAGUUCUGUUACUUUCAACGAAGAUUCUUGGAAUCCAACCACAUGGGAAAGUUGUCAAACAGACCCAUUAUCAGCAUAUGCUGGCUCUAAAACUUUUGCUGAAAAAGAAGCAUGGAAAUUUUAUAAGGAAAACAAAGAUAUUGUCAAAUUCAAGCUUUCAACUGUAAUUCCAUCUUAUAUCUUCGGACCUCAAGUAUUUGACGAGGAUGUUCACGAACAUUUGAAUGCUUCUAACGAGACUAUUAACCAGAUCAUCCAUGCUACCAAAAUGGAAGAUAUUUCUCCCCUAAGUACUCAAUGUUGUCAUGUUCGUGAUGUUGCUAAGAGUCAUGUUCUGGCAAUUGAAGAAGAAAAUUUAGCUAAUGAACGUUUAUUUGUCACUUCAGGUGCAUUUGAUGUUCAAGACAUUUUGAAUUACUUGAAUGCCGAUUUCCCUCAAUUAGAAGGUAAGAUUCCAAUUGGUAGUCCUGAUAAGGCAGUUGAACAUCAUCCUCCAGGUGCCGUUGUUGAUAAUAAGAAGACGAGGGAGUUAUUAGGAUUCCAAUUAAGAACAUUGAAGGAUUGUAUUGAUGAUACUACUAUUCAAGUUUUAAAACAUGAAGGUAGAUUAUGA